GCUGCCCUCAGCCCCCCCCCCCGCUGUUUCAGGCGGCGCUCCAGGCGGGGCAGAACUGCAUGUCCCACAGCGCCCCCAGUGUCAGUAUGACGUAAUAGGCCGUGCCGUGUGUUUCCUUUUUUUACUCGUGUUGUUGGUCUGCCGCCUGCGCGUGUGAGGGAGACAAGAUGGCGGCGCCCAUGGAGAUCGUGGUGAGCGCAGAUUGUGGCGCUCAGCUGUGGAACUGCGCUGUUUUCGACCUGCAUUCCGGGACAAACCUGCUUUCGUACCGCGGAGGGAACACCUCCUCCAGGAGCCUGGCCGUCCUGAACGGAGAGUACGUGCUCGGAGCGCAGCUCGGGAAGAACUUCAUCAACGUGUGGGAGGUCCAGAGGAAGGACCAGCUGCAGCAGAAGAUCGUCUGUCCUGGUAUCAUCACCUGCCUGACUGCCUCUCCUAACGGACUCUACCUGGCUGCUGGCAUCGCAGAGGCCGUUUACCUGUGGGAGGUAUCUUCGGGCAACCUGCUGGCAAUCCUGAGUCGCCAUUAUCAGGACCUGACUUGCCUGAAGUUCACCGAUGACAGCAGCCAUUUUAUCUCUGGAGGGAAAGACAACCUGGCUCUGGUCUGGAGCCUCACCAGCAUGGUGCAGCUGGAUGUGAACCACACCCCCGAGCCUCGACACAUUCUCUCACGCCACUCGUUGCCAAUCACAGACCUCCACUGUGGCCUGAUGGGACCACAGGCCAGGGUAGCCACAGCCUCCCUAGACCAGACCGUAAAGCUUUGGGAGCUUUCGUCAGGUGAGCUGCUCCUGUCCGUCCUCUUCGAUGUGGAGAUAAUGUCCGUGACCCUUGACCCCUGUGAGUACUUCCUCUUCUGUGGCGGCAGUGAUGGCAACAUAUUCCAGGUUUCCCUGAGCAGCCAGAUCUCAAGUCGGGACAAGACGUUUCAGUCAGACAGCCAUGGAAACCAGGUUUUCAAAGGACACAGGAACCUGGUGACGUGUCUGUCGGUCUCCAUGGACGGGACCCUCCUCUUGUCGGGCUCCCAUGACGAGACCCUCCGACUAUGGGACAUCCAGAGCAAACAGACCCUCCGCUGUGUCCCUCAUAAAGGUCCGGUGACAAAUGCAUUCAUCAUGGCGGCCCCUGCCAACAUGUUUCUCCCAGAGAGUCGUCCCCUGGUCGCUCUGCCAAGGUUCGGACGACAUCCUGUGUCCUCCCAGCAGGGUGAGGGCGGGGACAUCGGGGGGGUAUGUCUCCGCCCAGGACUCUACAGAGAGAAGGAGGAACAAACAUUCUUGCAGAAAGCAGACAAGCUGUACUCCCUAAUGAGCGCCGUGACAGACAAGAGUGUGUUCGGAGACGGGGAAAACACCAAAGUCCGUGUGGCCGAGCUGGAGGAGGAGGUUCGAACCUUGAAGAAGGUCAACAAGGAUCUUUAUGACUUCUCAAGCCAGCUGCUCACCAAGCCCAUCUAGAGAGAGAGACACACACACACACACAGAGUUGUAUUUAUGUUGUUUACCGGAUGCAGUUUAUAUCUGUUACUUCUUUGGUUAAUGAGACAGGCAAAUUAAAGCUCCAGUCAGGUGGGUGGAGCUGCUGGAGAUAAGCUGAUGGAGGGCGGGUUCGGACUCUGUGUGCCAUAAUGUCUGUUUCCUGUAUGAAAAGCUUUUAUAACUUUUGAAACAAUUAAAGAAA